AUGGUACCGACUGUGGAUAGCUCGGCUAUUCCUGGCACUGUGACGCUGGUUGAUGUUGAGCAUGUGCUAAAUACGCCCCAUUUGAACAAUGGGAAUGGGGAUAUCGUGCUGAUUCCCACCCCCUCGCAUGACCCGGAUGAUCCACUGAACUGGAGUCCCAAGCGGAAGCUUCUGUCGACUGUCUGUGUGAGCGUCUAUACGCUGUUCGCUGGUAUCGCUUGCUCGGUUGUUUAUUCAGUGCUCACCCCUCUGUCGACAGCGACCGGGCUGCCGGUCAGCACACUCAAUGAAGGAACGGGGUAUAUGUUUUUGCUGGCCGGGUGGGGUCUGCUGUUCUGGCAGCCAUUUGCGAUGCAAUAUGGAAAGCGAUUGACCUAUAUGAUAUCGCUGGCGGGAAUAUUGGGCACCACAAUGUGGGGACCAUACGCAAGCACCAACGGCCAAUGGAUCGCCCGAAACAUCGUCUCAGGCUUCUUCACUGCUCCCAUCGAAGCCCUCCCCGAAAUCACCGUCACCGAUGUGUAUUUCACCCACGAACGUGGCACCUACAUGGGCCUUUACGCCUUCUUCCUAGCCGGCAGCAAUUUCUUCGCGCCCGUGAUCUGCGGCUUCAUCGCCGAGUACCAAGGCUGGCGCUGGGUAUUCUACUGGCCUAGUAUCUUCCUCGCCUGCGCCAUCAUCUUCCUGUUUUUCUUUAUGGAAGAAACAAACUACGUCCGCGAGCAGGUGGAAGAUACCACCAUCGCCAACGUGCGGGUAGGCUCGUCCCACAGCUCUCACAGUGACAGUGGCGACCCCGAAAAAGCGGUGCAGGUCUCGAAUCAGCCUUCUCCCACGGAGACAGGCACCGUUCAUACCAAGAAGUCAUACAUCAAAAAACUUGCACUUUUGGGGCCCAAGCAGAACGAGAAUACCAUGCUCCGACGGCUUUGGCAGUCCCUCUACUUCCUGUCGUGGCCGGUGAUUUUCUAUGCCGGGUUCUCAUAUGGUUCCUACCUAAUUAUUUUCAAUAUCCUGAACGGCACUGCCUCCAUUAUUCUGAGCGCGUCACCGUACAACUUCGGAACUUCCAUGGUGGGCGUCAGCUAUGUCGCAUGCCUCUUAGGAGUCUCUCUUCACCGGUCGUUUCAGCGACUGGCUGACCAUCAAACUCGCCCGUCGAAACGGGGGGUGAUGGAAGCCGAGCACCGCCUGUGGCCAUUCCUCGCUUGCUUGAUUCUUGUUCCCGGGUCGCUUCUCUUGUGGGGUGUUGGGGCCGCAAAUGAGGUGCACUGGUUCGGCCUCAUCGUCGCCAUGUGCCUGCUUGCGUUCACCAAUACCUGCGGUAUCACGCUGAGCGUGAACUACUUGGUUGACAGCUACCGGGAGCUUAGCGGUGUCGCCAUGGUCAGUGUAAUUCUAGUGCGGAACACGAUGUCCUUUGCCAUCGGCUAUGGUAUCACGCCGUGGAUCGACAACCUGGGGUACCAGAACUGCUUUAUCUCUGCAGCCUUCGUCGGCAUGGCUUGCGCAGCUGUGUUCCUGGUGAUGAUGAAGUUCGGCAAGUCGUGCCGCAUUCGCAGUCGGGAGAAGUACUGGAAGAUCGUGCAGGAGAAUCAGGAGAAGGGCAUGGGUCAUUGA